AUGUUCCCUAGGCUGCACUUUGCAGUCUGCUUCACAGCUGUACUGGGACCUACCCUGGUACACACCUUGUGCCCAGAUACUGCUGAUGGCUAUAAAGUGCGACUCAGCAUCAAAACAGCUUUGGGAGAUGAUGCGUACAAAUGGGACGAGAGCGAGAUGUUCCUCUUCAGGGCCACGCUUGCCUUUGCCAUGCGGAAAUACAACCAAAAACCAUACGAAGUCUCUGAUGUACUGGUGUGUAAUGAGACGCAGCGGGUAUCUUUCUGGUUUGUGGUGACAGACCCAGAAAACACUUCCGAGCUGAUUUCUGGGAAAGAUGUGGAGCGCGCAGUGAGAAUAUCAAGGAAUCGUAUCAACAAUGCCUUUUUGCUGACAGACGAGACUCUGGAGUUCCUAAACAUCCCCCCAACGCUGGCGGUCCCUGCCGAGUCCGGCACCCCCCCUUGGCUCAUUGUCUUCGGCGUGGUCAUCGGUGUGGUGGGCGUCGGAAUUAUUGCCCUCCUCAUAUCCAGCUUCAUACAAAAGAGAAGAAAGAAAGGUGUGACUGAGGGAGAGGAGGAGGAUUGUGAAGAAGAAGCAUGUGACAAAGGCAACGGGGUUUCUCAUCCUGUUGAGGAAGGAGCUGAUGGUGUCAACCGUGGAUUCGUAGGAGACAUCCCUUUCACCAAGCUGUAGCGGCCUCGUUGCGAAGACCGUGCGCUGCCACUCCCUGGGGGACUUGUAAAACACUCGGGCGCAGAAAACACACACUGCCAAGGCAAUUCGGGCGCUUGCU